CAAUUCCUAGUACUAAUAUCAUCGUCAUUUCUCGAUCAUUAUAAAGUCGGAUUGGGGGACGAGACGAUCAUGCACAAAAUCCUAGCUGACUUCGGCUCACAUCUGUAGAGGCCUGAAAAGGUAGUCGAGGUGUUUCGCCAGCUCUGGCGCAGGUUUACCUAAAGGCUAGAGCAUCGCCCAUUGAAGAUGGCUGUGCGUAUUUUGCAUAUGAAAACAAGGCACGGAUGGUGAGGUUUGACUCCACUAGAUGUUGAUGCGCACCGGCACUCUAUGGACAGCCGUGGAUUUGGGCCACUUGACCCAGAAAACAACUUAUUUAAGGGCAAUGCGCGCACCGUUGAGCUGAGAGGUCAUCGGAAACAGUGUCAAGGGGUGGCCUGGAGUGGUGAUGGAAGGAAGCUCGCAUCGACCUCGUACGACACUACCGUGCGGAUCUGGCACCUGGAGAGCGGAAGCUUCAACUUCAAGCGAAAUCAGGAGCUAGUGGGGCAUAAAGAGGCGUCCAUCCAGGUAGCCUGGGACCCCACCCACCAUGACAAGGUCGCCAGCAUCGGGGCUGACGGCUACGUCAGAGUGUGGGACACGCGAAGUGGCAAGUGCAUACAGGACCUUAAUCUUGGCAACGGCUGCAUAAACUUGGCCUACCGGCCGGAUGGAACGCACCUGGCCGUUGGCGACAGCAAGGACGUCAUCUCUUUCAUCGACACUCGGAAGUUCAGGACCGUCGAGUCCCGGCAGUGGAAAUCAGAGGCAAACGAGUUCAUGUGGGAUAGGACAGGCGACCUCUUCCUCGUCGUGAACGGCUAUGGUUCGGUGGACGUUUUUGCUUACCCGUCCCUCGCGCAAGUCGACACGGUGACGGCGCACACGGGCAGCAUCUAUGCGAUCGCGGGCGACAAGGCGGGGCGGCACAUGGCCAUUGGGGGCAAUGACGGCCUGGUCAGCAUAUGGGACCUGUCGGAAAUGAUCUGCCUACGGACCAUCACGGAGCACGAGUACAACAUCAGAUCGAUUAAGAUCAGUCCCGACGGCAAGUACGUGGCAUCCGGAGCCGAGUCAUUCAUUCUGGUGAGCGAGUUGGAGACCGCCAAACCCCUCUACAAGCUGCCGGGGACGCAGAGCCUCGCUUGGCAUCCGUCAGAAAAUCUGAUUGCGUAUGCUGAAUACCACGACUCGGACAGGUCAACCCCAGGUCAUGUAGCAGUGUUCGGGUUUUCAGGGCAACCAGCCCCAUACGAAAGUAGACCCGAGCCUCGGGCGGAGCCUCGGUUCAACUUCAGAAUGGAGAGCAACUAUCCACCCAGGAACCAUUACAUGGGUUACGGCAGGUCUUAUUAUUAAUUCUUUGAUCAAAAAUUUCUAGUGAAGGUAGGUACAGUAGCGUGCAUGACCGACUGUCAGGAUCUGCAAGUGACUCAAAUCAGGUGGCCGCGCUCGCUUUCAUGACCGUCUCUAGUGAACAUGAUGUGGUCAGUCUCCAAAGUGGCAUAUGCAAUCAUUGUAGACUGUGUGGUCUAUAAGAAUCCUUAUAGUUGCG